AUGUUGGCUCUAAAGCUUAGUUUGACAAAAGUCUUGGUCGUUUCCAUUAUAUCCAUAGUUUCCUAUGCAAGCUUGAAUGUUGAAAUUGAAGCUCUGAAAGCUUUCAAGAACUCCAUCACUGGUGACCCAAAUGGAGCUCUAGCAGAUUGGGUUGAAGUCACCACCACUGCAACUGUUAGUCUUCAGCUCAAAGGGGAGAUUUCAACUUUCCUUGGAAACAUUUCAGGCCUUCAGGUUUUUGACAUAACUUCAUACUCAUUCACUGGCUACAUUCCUGCUCAGCUUACACAUUUAGAAUACCUUCUACUGUUCCAAAAUUCCUUGAGUGGAAAAAUCCCUUCCGAGCUUGCUAAGUGUAGCAAGCUUUUAAAUCUUGAGUUAUAUGAGAAUCAGUUUACUGGAAGUAUUCCUCCCGAGCUAGGAAAUUUAUUUCGGUUGGAGACUUUGAGAUUAUAUCACAAUAACUUGAAUUCCACCAUUCCCUCUUCCAUAUUCCGUCUACAUGGAAAUCUACUAGAAGGUAGAAUACCUGAUAAGCUCUCUGAAUUAAAAGACCUCACCAAACUUUUGCUCCAUCAAAACAAGUUGAUUGGUAAAAUACCUGAUUCUAUCUCAAAGCUUCAUAUGCUUUCACACUUAGACCUUCAUGGAAACAAACUUAAUGGGUACAUUCCAAGAAGCAUGGGGCAGCUUAAUCAUCUUUUAGUUUUGGACCUCUCUCACAACCAGAUCAGAGGACCAAUUCCCAGAGAUGUCAUUGCACGCUUCAAAAACAUGCAGAUCUAUCUUAACCUUUCUUACAACCACUUGGAUGGAAAUGUUCCAGCUGAGUUGGGCAUGUUGGAAAUGAUACAAGCUAUUGACAUUUCAAACAAUAAUCUUUCGGGUUUCAUUCCCAGAACACUUGCUGGGUGCAGAAAUCUGUUCAAUCUCGAUUUUUCACGAAACAAUGUUUCAGGUCCUAUUCCUGCAGAAGCUUUUAGUCACAUGGACUUGGUUGAAAGCUUAAACCUCUCAAGAAACAAUUUAGAAGGUGAAAUCCCAGAAAUAUUGGUAGAACUUGAUCACCUCAGUUCCCUAGAUCUUUCUCAUAAUAACUUGAAUGGCAAUAUUCCUGAGGGCUUUGCCAAACAUUCCAACUUGGUGCAUCUCAACCUUUCCUUCAAUCAACUUGAAGGUCCUGUACCUACGACCGGAAUAUUUGCACACAUCAAUGCAUCCAGUAUAAUGGGAAACCAGAAUCUUUGUGGAGCAAAGUUCUUAUCGCCAUGCGAAGUGGGAAGACAUUCACCAUCUAAGAAAGGCAUAUCUAUUAUCGCUGCACUAGGAUCUCUUGCUAUACUUUUAUUUCUAGUGUUGGUGUUUCUAAUUCUCAAUAGAGUAACGAAACUCAGAAAUUCUAAAGAAAGGGAUAUUAGUGUGAAUCAUGGACCAGAAUACAGUUCUGCAUUGACUCUUAAAAGGUUAAAUUCAAAGGACUUGGAAAAUGCCACUAGUUUCUUCAACACUGAUACCAUCAUUGGUGGUAGUAGUCUGAGCACAGUUUACAAGGGCCACAUGGAAGAUGGCCGGGUUGUAGCCUUUAAAAGAUUGAACUUGCAACAAUUUUCUGCUAAUACUGACAAGAUCUUCAAGAGAGAAGUCAACACCUUGAGCCAGAUGAGACAUAGGAAUUUGGUCAAGGUAAUUGGAUAUGCCUGGGAGACUGGGAAAAUGAAAGCUUUGAUUUUAGAGUACAUGGAGAAUGGGAAUUUGGAUAGCAUCAUACAUGGAAAAGGGGUGGAUCAGCUUGUGAUCUCUAGGUGGACAUUAUCUGAAAGAGUCCGAGUUUUCAUUUCUAUUGCUAGUGCACUGGACUAUUUGCACUCUGGUUAUGAUUUUCCCAUUGUACACUGUGAUUUAAAGCCAUAUAACAUCCUCUUAGAUGGACAAUGGGAAGCUCAUGUCAGUGACUUUGGAGCAGCCCGAAUACUUGGCCUUCAUCUGCAGGAUGGAAGUAACCUUUUGUCAUCAGCAGCUUUGCAAGGCACAAUUGGCUGUAUGGCACCAGAAUUUGCCUACAUGAGGAAAGUAACCACUAAAGCGGAUGUAUUCAGCUUUGGUAUCAUAGUAAUGGAGGUUCUAACAAAAAGAAGGCCAACAGGACUCUCAGAAGAGGAUGGUUUGUCAAUCACUUUGCGUGAAGUAGUGGCAAAAGCCCUUGCAAAUGGAAUAGAAAAACUUGCCAAUAUUGUGGACCCUUUGUUGUACUGGAAUGUUACCCAAGACCGUGAUGAAGGGUUGCCACAGCUCAUUAAGUUAUCCCUGUGCUGCACCCUCCCUGAUCCUGAACAUCGACCCAAUAUGAAUGUGUUUUAUCUUCCCUUAAGAAGCUUCAAACAGCACUGUCCUGUUAAAUGA